CUGGCCUCCCUGGCGGCUCACGCGUUGCAUCAUCCUCCGGCCCGCGAGAGCUGCGGGAAGACUGGGCGCGGCGCGAUCCACUCCGCGCGAGACGCCAGCCGGCAAGGUCCGCGCCUUCGCUUUUGCUCUUCUCGCACCUGCUGCUGCACUGAUAGAAGAAGCCCCCCGCGGGCCAGACAGUGGGCUGCGGCGGAGCGCAGCAGGCGGACCUCGUAGCUCUUCCCGCUCCAUUCAUUUUCAGAACCGAUUCUGUUUUUUGUUUUAAAUCAGCGCCCAAGUCGCUCGCCUCCUGUAACUCGGGAGUUGCAGCUCUACAGCGCCAUGGAGAAGAGCAGCGAGACCAACGGAUACCUAGACAGCGUCCAGGCGGGGCCUGCACCGGGGCCUGCCCCGGGGCCUGCAGCAGCAGCGCCCACCACGAGGCCCCGGACCUCGGUGGGUCGCGCGCGGCGCUGCACCGACUUUCUGCGGCGCAACGCGCUGGUGCUGUUCACGGUGUCCGGGGUGGUGGCGGGCGCUGGCCUGGGCGCGGCGCUGCGCGGGAUCCACCUGAACCGCACUCAGAUCACCUACCUGGCCUUUCCCGGCGAGAUGCUGCUCCGCAUGCUGCGCAUGAUCAUCCUGCCGCUGGUGGUCUGCAGCCUGGUGUCGGGCGCCGCCUCCCUGGAUGCCAGCUCGCUGGGGCGCCUGGGCGGCAUCGCCGUCGCCUACUUCGGCCUCACCACGCUGGGCGCCUCGGCGCUGGCCGUGGCUUUGGCCUUCAUCAUCAAGCCUGGGUCUGGCGCGCAGACCCUUCAGUCUAGCGACCUGGGACUGGACGACUCGGGGCCACCUCCGGUCCCCAAAGAGACGGUGGAUUCUUUCCUCGACCUGGUCAGAAACCUGUUUCCUUCAAAUCUGGUGGUUGCCACUUUCCGUACGUAUGCAACCGAUUACAAAAUGGUGCCCCACAACAACACAAGCUCUGGAAACAUAACCCAUGAAAAGAUCCCCAUUGGCACUGAAAUCGAAGGGAUGAACAUUUUAGGAUUGGUCCUUUUUGCCCUGGUGUUAGGAGUGGCCCUAAAGAAACUCGGUUCUGAGGGUGAAGAGCUCAUCCGGUUCUUCAAUGCCUUCAACGAGGCAACGAUGGUGCUGGUGUCCUGGAUUAUGUGGUAUGUGCCUGUGGGCAUCAUGUUCCUAGUGGGAAGCAAGAUCGUGGAGAUGAAGGACAUCGUGGUGCUGGUGACCAGCCUGGGGAAAUACAUCUUUGCAUCCAUACUGGGCCAUUUCAUCCACGGGGGAAUUGUUCUGCCACUUAUUUAUUUUGUCUUCACACGGAAGAACCCGUACAAGUUCCUCCUGGGCCUCCUGACACCCUUUGCAACGGCAUUUGCCACCUGCUCCAGCUCAGCAACGCUUCCCUCUAUGAUGAAAUGUAUCGAGGAAAACAACGGUGUGGACAAGCGGAUCGGCAGGUUCAUCCUCCCCAUCGGGGCCACCGUGAACAUGGACGGGGCAGCCAUCUUCCAGUGUGUGGCCGCCGUCUUCAUCGCUCAGCUCAACAACGUGCAGCUGAACGCCGGCCAGAUCUUCACCAUUCUAGUGACCGCCACAGCAUCCAGUGUUGGAGCAGCUGGCGUGCCCGCUGGAGGCGUCCUCACCAUCGCCAUUAUCUUGGAGGCCAUUGGGCUCCCCACGCAUGACCUCUCUCUGAUCCUGGCUGUGGACUGGAUCGUGGACCGAACCACCACUGUGGUGAACGUGGAAGGGGACGCCCUGGGCGCGGGCAUCCUCCACCAUCUGAACCAGAAAGCAAUGAGCAAAGGGGAGCAGGAGCUGACCGAGGUCAAGGUGGAAGAGGCCGUCCCUAACAGCAAGUCGGAAGAGGAGACAUCACCCCUGGUGACACAUGGCCCUGGGGCCCGUGGCCCCGCUGUGGAAUCCAAGGAGUCGGUUCUGUGACAGGGUUGGCCUGCCAGUGAGGGUGGCCCAGCCUGUGAGUCCAGCCAGACCCCAAACAUCUGUCUCCCACGGACCUCCAGCUCCCCCAGCCUCAUUUUGGCUCAGUCACCGCUUCAAGGAUGACCUCCUGGGCCUUCCCCGUGGGAACUGGUCACCAAGAGCCAGGACACUCACCCUGACACUGGGCCCGGCCGUGUCCCAGGGUGCUGUGUGGGCACCCUGCAGCUGCCCUGCCUGGAGAAAGAGCAACUCCUGGGGAGCAGGUGGUUAAAGCUUGGAAAAAUGCAGCUGGAUUCUUCAUUUUGGCCGGGCAGCUUUGCUUUUGGGUGCUUUCUGGGCAAGCCCCAGGGUGCGGGGUUGGUGGCAGUUUCCUGUCACACUGCCUGGUAAGCUUACAUCACUGGGAACCACCCCUCCCUCCAACCCCACAACCCCCCUCACCCCAAUCUUUCUUUCACCUUGGCUGAAAGUUGCUGAACUGAGGAGCUUGGACUUGAUGCUCCAAUUCACUGUGGCUGCCUGUGGUUCCUUGGGGUGGAUAUGCGGCACAUGGUCAAUUUUGAAGGAACCCCCCCACCCCUACCCCCACGAAGCCGGGAGCAUUGCUGGGGUCUGUGAUCAGUAGCAUUCAGAAAACAACUGGAAUUUUGAGGUCAAAAAGAAGAGGUGCAGGGGGAGAGGCAGGGGAGCACUCUCUCCGGGACAGGACAGUUGUUCUCACUCUCAACCCUAUCCCAAGGCCGCUUUAUCCUCUGCACUCUGACCUGGCAGUAGGCCAGCAAAGGGCUGCCUCCUCCAAGGAGGGGUGACAUGGCACCCCACUCAGGACCCUUUGCUGGUUAACCCAUCUAUUUAAUUCAGCCAGAGACACCCCCCCCCACAAUAUGGCAGGAAUCCCACCGCGCACACCCCACCAACCCCUGCUAAAGAGCCUCCAGAUCUAGCUGCAGUCAAUUUCCAUGAUGAGGUGUUCCCCUUGGCUCUUACUCAGAAUUGAGAAAAUCUGCCAAAGUCUGUAUUGCCCCAGACCCCUGCGGGUGCAGGUUGAAAUCAAGGUGGUGGCAGAGGUGGUGUGUUUGUGGGGUGGGGGGGUCACCCCAGAGCCCCAGGGACGCCCUAAAUGCACUUACCUGCUCCUUCAGGGGGGGCGAUCUGCAUCUGUCCUUAUCUGUGGGGUGAUCUGCAGCCAAUCCCUGGCCCCGCUGUACCCCGUUUAUGAAGUGGGGGCAGAUGUCACCUUCCUCUUAGCUACCUCAGAGGGAUUGGGUGAGGUGAACAGAGAGGAUCCCCGGAAGCAACCAUUUCACUUCGAGGAGAGCCAGUGCAGACACCCCCCCACCCCCCAGCAAUUCAUUUUUUUUUUAAUUUUUAAAAUUUUUAUAUGAAUCACCGUGAGGUACAGUUACACUUACAAACUUUCGUGCUUACAUUUCAGUCAUACAAUGAUCGAGUACCCAUCCCUCCACCUGUGCCCAUUCUCCACCACCAACAAUCCCAGUAUCCCUCCCACCAUCCCCACUCCUUCCCCUCCCCCCAACCCUGCCUCUGUGGCAGGGCAUUCCCUUUUGUUCUCUCUUCUUUUGGAUGUUGUAGUUUGCAAUAUAGGUAUUGAGUGGCCAUCAUGUUCCGUCUAUAGUCUACUUUCAGCUUGCAUCACCACCAAGUAACAGGUGCUUGGAGGGCCCGCUCUGGAUGGGAGAUGCGAAUUCAUUUCUUAUUUCUUACCGAAGUGAGGCCUUUUCCCCGUAUCCUGGUCGCGGGGCUCAGUUCUCCGCGCAUGCUCACACCCAGGUUCCUCGGUGUCCUUGGAUCAGCGGCAGCCUCUUCCUGCAAGCCCUCGGGUCUGGGUGCAUUUCCUGCCCCUCCUUCCUCCACAGCUCCGGGCAUCUACUCUCCCAUGGUUCCCAGGCAGCUUCUGCCCCCAGCAGGCCAUUCCGGUCCCCUGGCUCUCAGCCUCCCUCUCAGCAUCCCCUUGUUCCCUGUAGCGACAGCCUUGUUCUCACCAGGCCCCGCAGGACAGAUGGUGAAGCUUCAUCUGUCUGAGGGAGGAGCCGGGACCUGCUUGGGGAAGGUGGGAAGCACCCAGGGUACUCUGAGCUGAGCAGAAAAGUCCAGAAGCCUCAGCCCCAUAGCCCAAGCCUGAGGCUGACACCCAGCUGCUCUCGCAGGGAAAUAAUCCAUAUUUGAAUCCAGGCCGCACUCAGUCUGUCAGGCUUCCGCGCAGCUCUCCUCCCCGCUGUCCUGUGGCUGUACCUACCCACAUACACACCGAGCUUCUGUGUGUACACACUUACCAGUAACGGUUUCAGCUCCAGUGCGAGCAAGUUGGAGCUUGGAUGCAGGGGACCAAAUUGCCAAGUGGUGUGGCUUUAGCGAGUGGGUAAUUUUCACGAGGGGCGGGGGGAGGGGCAGGGGUGUAUGUGUCUAGAAAUGAUGCUUCCAGACACCCCACCCCACCCUCUGAUGCUCUCCCCCUUCCCCUGAGAGGCAAGCAAAGGAGGGAGAAGGUGGCCUGUUCCCCCUGCUUUUCAUCCCAUCCCAUGAGAGGGAUACGACCGGGGACACAGGCGGGUCUGAAGAUGUGUCUCCCAGUGCCCUCUGCUAACCUGCUAUUGUAAAUACUGCUCGUCUCUUGCUGUUUUGUACAUGUGACACUUGCCUUAAAACAUAGCAUUUCUCACAAAUGAAAACAGUGUUUCUACCAGCA